AUGAACCACACCAAGAAACACAGUCACGAAUAUAGCCCGAUCAUCCGCCAUCGUCGUGGAUCCAAGAAAAGUGUUGAAGGAAGUCUUGGGGUGGUUCUGGUGGAGCCAGAGUACGGCCGUGUUGAAAUUUGUGUCACAAAAACGGAUAGUGUCGACGCUGAAGAUGAGCUUGAGGGUGGUAAGGAGAUUGUGGGACCAAGCCAAGGGAAGAAGUUGCUUCAAAUAUUUAAGACAGGGUGGAUUAGUAGACCUCCAAGGUCUAUUUCAGAGGGAAGGCAAGUUGCAGAAGGAGGGUAA